UCGACGUCACAUCCGGUGUUCAGCCGGCUUCCGGUUCGGCUUUUUUUGUCGUUUUUUGGAAGACGGAUCGUUAGACAUAAAUAAAAGACUGCUUCCCCCGCUUUCUUGCUCCUGAGGGCGGUUGUAUCGCACAGCUUGCGAGCAGUCAUGAAGUUAGUCAGGUUUUUGAUGAAACUGAGCCAUGAAACGGUUACCGUGGAGCUGAAGAACGGGACGCAGGUUCACGGCACAAUCACAGGUGUUGAUGUCAGUAUGAACACACAUCUGAAAGCUGUCAAAAUGACCGUUAAAAACAGAGAACCCGUCCAGUUGGAGACGUUAAGUAUUCGAGGGAAUAACAUCCGGUACUUCAUUCUACCGGACAGCUUGCCACUGGACACCUUACUUGUUGAUGUUGAACCAAAAGUUAAAUCUAAAAAGAGAGAAGCCGUUGCUGGCCGUGGCAGAGGGAGAGGCCGUGGCAGAGGGAGAGGCCGUGGCAGAGGAAGAGGAGGACCACGACGAUAGUUUAAGAGAGCAAAGUGCUUGUGCUGACAAAAAAAAAAUAUCAUUUUGUACAGUUUCUUUUGUUAAAUUUUUAAUAAGUAAUGGCUUUAGAACUUGUGCACAUCCACACUGGGGUUUGACACAUUCAUUUUUGAAUAAAAUUAUUAAAAGCUAAAAA